AUGUUAAGUACAUUUUCAUAUUUCAUAUGCGGUGUUUUUAUGUUAAGUGGCGCAGUGGCUACUUUAGCAAACUCAAGACAUACGGAAGAUUGCCUCACGAAUUCGCUAGAGAAAUCAAUUUACUGUCGCGGUUCGCGUGCUAUAAAAAAUGUCAUACAAAAUCUGAGUAAAACCGACAAACCGAUUGUCAUUUUUCGUGGGUUGGAGAUUGUGACUUCUAGGGAAUAUGAGAAUGAUACAUUUGAAGCACACACAAAUUCUUCAAGUGAUUCUUUUCUGGAACGUUUUUCCGACUAUUUACGCACUCAUGAAUUAAAUAUAAGAUUUGCUGAUUUGUUGGCGGAUGAAAGUGAACACCAUUUGAAACGUGAUUUGAGGCGGAACGACUUCAAACUUGGCGUCAAUGUUGAAGAAGCACGUAAAAAAGACAAAGGACAAGGAAUUAUACUCGCUAUGGGUGUUAUGUUUGCAAAGAUGAUGGCUGUGAUGGGUCUAGGUGGGAUAGGUGCCUUGGCUAUGAAAGCACUUGGUGUGGCGUUGGCCGCACUUAUGAUGGCAGGAAUUAUUGGUGUGAAGUCUUUAACUCAACAUGGAAAUGAGUCCAGUCACAGCGUGCAGUACGUUAAUGCAGAUGGACAUCAUCACAGUAAAAGACGCAGACGUAGUGUCAUUACGCAAAAAUCACUAGAUGAGCUGCAGCUGCCAUACAACGGUUGGGUAAAAGCUGUAGACAGACAUUUACUUUAA